AUGAUACUUAUUGCCUGCUCAUUUUUAUCUGAAUCAGGCACGUUUUUGAACAAAAUUAUUUUGGGAUUAUGUCCAAUCAUCGUUAUUACGUUCUACAUGGAAGCUAAAGGCUUCUCUGUUGAAGUUGAUAAGUUCAAAGAGCAUAUCAAAACAAUAGAACCCGAAGUUCGUGAAAAAAUUCAAAAAUUCCACUUAGAUAUCCUUCCUUUCUUAUAUUACAAGAAGUAUAUACAUUUCGCUGUUGUUGCUGUAACACUGACAACAUUCGCUCCGUUCAUUGAAACUAUUUUUCACCUUACUCCUGUUUUGGAAAUUCUUUUUUACGUAAUUUCAGUUUAUUUGAUGAUGCCGUGCGCUGUAAAGCAAAUUGUACAACUUGAAGGAAUUGUUCUCGAAAAAUUGAACCCAACAAUGCUUGCAGAAUAA